AGCCCGCGAGCCCGCCGGCCGCUUCCGCUCUCACGCAAGCGCAGCAGUGGGGCAGCGGACACCGCCACCGCCGCCGGCAGGAUGGUCCUGGACAGCGUGGCCCGCAUCGUGAAGGUGCAGCUGCCCGCCUACCUCAAGCAGCUCCCGGUCCCCGACAGCAUCACCGGGUUCGCCCGCCUCACAGUUUCAGACUGGCUCCGCUUACUGCCCUUCCUCGGGGUACUUGCGCUUCUGGGCUACCUCGCAGUGCGUCCAUUCUUCCCGAAGAAGAAGCAACAGAAGGAUAGCUUGAUCAAUCUUAAGAUACAAAAGGAAAAUCCCAAGGUGGUGAACGAGAUAAACAUUGAAGAUCUGUGUCUCACCAAAGCAGCUUACUGUAGGUGCUGGCGGUCCAAGACGUUUCCUGCCUGUGAUGGAUCCCAUAAUAAGCAUAAUGAACUGACAGGUGAUAACGUGGGUCCUCUCAUCCUGAAGAAGAAAGAAGUAUAGCAGUAGCCACUUAAGAUGAAACUCUGACAUAGUAUUUCUACGUUUGUUGUGCAUAGACAACUCUCAGUACUGGUUGAAUAAUUAUUUCUGCCAGUUAUUUUCUUGCUACACUACUGCUUAUAUUUGGUACUUUAUAUAGUCAGUCAUUUGUGUAGAAAUCAGAUGGUCAAGUCUCAUUCUGAAAUCAAGUUUAAUGUGUCUUUCAACAAUAAAGUCAGCAUAUCAGAUUUUAAUUAAUUGGGAAUUUAAAGUUUGACUGUGGGCCAAAAGUUAUUUCUUUGUAUAUCAGUAUUUCAACAGAAUAUAUAGUUUUUAAAAAAUUCUCCUUUGUUCUGUUAAAUAUAUCUUUAUAUUGUCUUGUUUUGCUCAUUUGAAGUCAUUUGCCAUUCUUUUGGCCUUUUGUGGAACUCUGCUGCUUUUAGAAGAAUUAUGAAAAAUAUUGCUAUCAACAUAUUUUGAGGCAGUAAAACUCCUUUGUUUUAUAGAGACUUUUACCUUAUGACCAUGAUUAUCCCAAUUUCUAAAAAAGUAAAUCAGAUAUAAAAAUUUCCAAAUAGAAACAAUUAUUUUCAUCAUAAAAAUGAUUCACUUUACAAAAGCCUUGUUUUGUGUGUGUCUGUGUGUGUGAGAGAGAGAGUGUGUGUGUGUGUGAGAGUGUGUGUGUGCGUGUGUGUG